GCAGCAGUAAGUGCAGUCCAAGGCUGGCCAGCAGCGCUGUUUGGAUCUCCAGGAAAGAUGCGAACUGGCAGCCGCUUCGGCAAGGCUGUAAUUGCGUCUGAUGAGCCUGGUGCAGUUAGGAGGAGGGAGGUACAGAACCUGUAAUUCUUGGAUGGGAAGCGCGAGAGAGGCCCGCUGCCUCUGGGGAGCUCGCCUGGCAGCAGCCUUAUUUAGUGGGCACUUAGACUCAUUGGCAGCGAGAAGCGAGCAAAGGCAGAAGCAGCCUUUUCUCUCCGCUUUCCCAACAUCUGUGCCCAGACAAUAGCAAGACCAGAAGGGAGGCAGCGAUUUCAGAGACUUCAGUGCCUGAAGGACCGAGAGAGAGUCUGGGGCUGGGAGCUCAGGCAACCGACUGUCCGCCCAGCCCAAUAAUGAAAUGCACAAUUUCCCUCCCACCCUCUAGCUUUCUCAAACCGAAGUGUGGAUCUCCGAUUAGAGCUGUGGAUCUCUAGUGUAUUCUCUCGAGGCUUUUUUUUUAAAGAGACAGUUGCUUCCAUCCAAUGAACAAGGAAGAAAAAGUUGUGAAUCGUUUCUUCUCUGGGGAGGAGGAGAAGGAAGGAGGAGCCACGAAAGUCGGGAUGCAGUUUGCCAGAUGGUCAUAAAAAGAGAAGAAAGCAAGCAAACAGCUACCCGACGACGUUUAUUUUAAAAAAGAAAUUACUCUGCAUUAGGUGCAUUUGCUUGCAAGCUACGAAGGAGAUUCCCACGAAGUCUUACCUAGAGACGAGCAAGAGGGAUAUUAGCGAUACAGUAGUUUGAUUCCCCCCUUUUUCUUUUAUUCCCUCCGCCCCAUCCAAACCCCUCCUCUGGCCUUGUAGAUCCUCCCCUUUUCUUUUUUUCUUUUUGGAGGGAGGAGGAGGAGAUGAACGUUCGGCUUUUCCCUAAACAGCCGGCCGAUUAUUGCCAGAAGAACCCGAUCUGGGAAGCCUCGAGGAUGCGGCUUGCAACAGACGAAAGCUGAUGGUGAGUCCGUCCGGGAAAAGAGCGAGCGAGAGAGGCCGGGCUGAAGUGGAUGGAGAGAGGAGAAGGACGGAGGGGGGCUUGCAGACAACGCCGCGCUUGGGACCAGCCGAUCGCGCCCCCCGUGCGCAACAGCUCCCUUGUGCAGAGCGCGCCAAGCUCCCGCUCCUUUCCCUGCAGAAAUGCUGCAUCAUGAACCCAUCACCCAUCCGGAUCUGCCCCUGAACCAGACAGAGAACAGCACCCCUGGUGCUUAAUAGCAGCAGCAGUAAGCAAGGAGGGAGCAAGGCGUGGACGAAGUAAAGGGAAAGAAAAAGAAAGAUCCGCCAGGUACCCCUCCCUUUCUGUCUGGCCAGGGCUGCCUCCAUCUGCUGUCUCAGGACCCCCAAGGAGGCAGCGAUGCCUCGGCCGUAGCCUUCGUGCCAGAAGGGGGAACUCCUCUUACAAGCGUGUGCGCGAAGAGGCGGCAGGAGGGCAGGCAGGAAGAGGAGGCUGCUUAUCUCUCCCUGCGUGUCUCUCCGCUGAGCAUCUCGUCAAGCAACUCCUCAACUUCUUGCCCGGCUGGAAGAGCAACCCGGAGCAGCUGCUGCAACUUCUCCCAGGGACAAGGGUUGCAAAGCAGAGUGGGACGGUGGCAAAGAAGCGCGCCCGGGUGGGUCCCUCUCUGUCUCUGUUCCUGAGGUGUCUAGUCUAGACUGAGACACGUGUCCUUUCUCGAAGAAAGCCAAUUUUUAACUCUAGCUCGGGAGAAGCGCGCGUUUUCACACUCCUGCACCACCACCCUUUAUUAUAAUUAUUAUUUUUACAAGCGGGAUUUUUAUUUUUAUUUUUUAAGUCUCUGGAUGGAUCCGCUCAACGGAGCGGGGCGCGCAUUUUUAUUAAGCAUAUAGCUCUCUCCUCUCCUCUGAGACAGCUGAUCCCAACCACCCGCCCUUUGAUCCCGCCCGGCAGGUUGCUCGGGUCGCCUGUCUGACGCCCCGCUGGGGUUGCUGCUGCUGCUGCCGCCGCCCUCGCAGCCUCCUCGCGCCGGGUCCGGUAGCUUCGAUCCGGGGUGGCUUCGCCGCCGCUGGUGCCGGGCCUUGCGGAGCGCCCAUGCUGCUGCUGCGGAAGCUGCCGGGCAUGCCGGGCUGGCCGCCGUCGGCGUUGGGUCUGCGGCUGCCGCAGAAGUUCCUCUUCCUGCUCUUCCUCUCGGGCCUGCUCACGCUCUGCUUCGGGGCCCUCUUCCUGCUGCCGGACUCUUCCCGCUUCAAGCGCCUCUUCUUGCCCCGCCGAGGGGGCGCCGGUGACGCGGGCGGGGACUUGGACGGGCUUCGCAGCCUCACGUCGCCGCCGCCACCGCCGCCCGGGGCCGACCCUGGCCGCCGCCAUGCCGCCCCCAGCCCGCCCAACGCCGCCGCCGCCCUGCCUCCGCCUCGUCGCCUCAGGGACCCCAAACUCCCCCCCGCGCAGGCGGCGGCGGUGAUGGAAGCCGCCGCCGCCACUUCCUCCCGCCGAGAGCGCCUCAGCCCGCUCCACCGCCAGGGGCCGCCCGGGGAGAAGAAGGCGGCGGGAAGCGGCACCGGCAGCGCGGCCCCGCUCCGGCAGACGAGAGCCCCGUUCCGCUUCGACUACGAGGUCUUCCGCCGCAGCCUCCGCCACCCGGUGCUGGGAAGGAGGAAAGGCGGCACCGAGGACCCCGAGAACCGAGUCCGGCGCCUGAAGCUCAAGGAGAUGAUGAAGUUUGCUUGGGACAACUACAAGCAAUAUGCAAUGGGGAAAAAUGAACUGAGACCUCUCACUAAGAAUGGGCACAUCGGGAACAUGUUUGGAGGUCUCCGGGGAGCAACUGUGGUGGAUGCCUUAGAUACUCUGUAUAUCAUGGAGCUGCAAGAAGAAUUCCAAGAAGCCAAAGAUUGGGUGGAGAAGAACUUUGACUUGAAUGUGAAUGGUGAAGCUUCCUUGUUUGAAGUGAACAUCCGCUACAUCGGAGGGCUUCUGGCUGCAUAUUACCUAACUGGAGAAGAGGUCUUCAAAAGCAAAGCCCUAGAACUUGGAGAGAAACUUCUGCCAGCCUUCAACACACCUACGGGCAUCCCACGGGGAGUCAUAAACCUGGGCAGUGGGAUGAGCUGGAGCUGGGGAUGGGCAUCCGCAGGAAGCAGCAUUUUAGCAGAAUUUGGCAGCCUCCACUUAGAAUUUGUGCACCUCUCGGAGCUGUCUGGAAAUCCUGUUUAUACUGAAAAGGUGAUGAACAUCCGCAAAGUCCUGAACAGAAUUGAGAAGCCACAGGGACUUUACCCUAAUUUCCUCAGUCCAGUAACCGGGAACUGGGUGCAGCAUCAUGUUUCCAUCGGCGGCCUUGGGGACAGUUUUUAUGAGUAUCUGAUCAAAUCUUGGCUGAUGUCGGACAAGAAGGAUGCCGAAGCCAAAACCAUGUAUGACAAUGCGCUAGAGGCCAUAGAAAAACACCUGGUGAAGAAAUCAGCUGGUGGGCUGACAUACAUUGCAGAGUGGCGAGGUGGCGCCUUGGACCACAAAAUGGGCCAUUUGGCUUGCUUCUCCGGAGGGAUGAUAGCGCUUGGAGCAGAGCAUGCCGGGGAAGAACAGAAACAGCACUACAUGGACCUGGCUGCAGAAAUUACGAACACCUGUCACGAGUCUUACAUCCGCUCAGAAACCAAGCUGGGCCCAGAAGCAUUCCGCUUUGAUUUUGGCACCGAAGCGAUGGCCACCCGACUCAGCGAUCGCUAUUACAUUCUGCGCCCUGAAGUUGUUGAAAGUUACAUGUACAUGUGGAGGCUGACGCACAAUCCCAAGUACAGGCAGUGGGGCUGGGAAGCUGUACAGGCACUUGAGAAAUAUUGCAGAGUAGAUGCUGGUUUCUCCGGGAUCCGCGAUGUUUAUACCACCAACCCAAGUCACGACAACAUGCAGCAGAGCUUUUUCCUAGCAGAGACGUUAAAGUACCUCUAUCUUCUGUUCUGUGAAGAUGAUGUGCUGUCUCUUGAGGACUGGGUGUUCAACACCGAAGCCCACCCAUUGCCCGUGAACCGCACAGACCUUAUCCUGAAGACAAGCGUGCAAUAGGGGCGCUUGCUCCCUCGCGGCUUCUGCAGUGGGAUGUGGAGGGUUACUUGCUUCCCCACCCCUCUUUCUCCUUUCCAGUAAAGGAAUGCGCGUGUUCCCAGAAAGGUAUUUUGGGGGCAUUCGUCCAAUUCAGGACAGUGUUAUAUCGGGGAGCAUAAAAAACUGUGAAACAAGCACCUUUGUGGGGUUUUUUUUCCUCUAUGAGGGAACUUACACUAAACCUGAUAAUGAGGAUGUUGAAUAUGGGCCAUAAUGCACACAAAACCAUGGACGUUCCUUUCUACGGAGAAUUUCUACGGAAUCCACUGACUUUGUUUUCACAUGGCCAAAGGAGUUUGCCAUAAAACAGAUGCUGGUUUGUGCCACUCUUCUUGUCUCCCUCCCACCCCCUUCCACAUGCUCCUUUUUAGAUACCGUUGAUUUUUAUCAUCUUUCUAAUUUUCACCUUCCCGCCCCCCGCCCCCAAAGACUUGCAUCCUAAGUGGAAUCAAUGCCAUCAAUGAUCAGAAGAUGUCUGCAAAAGUCUGAAUCCCAGGCAUCAUUUCUCUCUCCCUCCCUCUCUUUUUCUGUGCUCUUUAAAAUGUUUACUGAAUAUUGCAUCAUGUGUAAUUCUUUUUUUGCUUUCUAAAGUUUGAAAUUUGUUCUGUCCCCCCCCCCACUUCAUUUUUGUUUUCAUCUGGAGCUUAAAUAUUACAAGGCACUUGUAAGGAUUUCAUUUCUGUAAUACUCAGAGAUGUGGAAUAGAAUAAAAAUUCCUGUCCGAUAAGGA